AUGGCGCCAAGUUUUGAGGCGGUCAACCAGCGAAUCGAGCAGGAGAAGCGUGCAAGAUUCUGCGGGACCGCAAGCUUACGCCUCUCCGCUCUGGAAUACCGAAAUCCGCGCCGCGAUGGCGCUGGCCGCAGUACCCGCAACAUUGAUGCCAUAGAGCGGAUGUUUCGCCAAGAAAAUGGCUGUCGCAAAGAAGACAGCCGCCACCAUGCCAAGGCCGUGAUCAGUCCGCAGAUGCUCGAAGCGGCGCUACGAAAUGCUGGAAUUUCGGGCGAAAAGCUAAUGUCCGAUGCUUUACCCUUUUAUGAGCUCGAGUUUGACCCUGGCAUCCAGAUUGAAUGCAUUGAGGGCCACGAUAGACUAGCUGCCGCAGAUAAUGUUCUCUAUGGCUCGAAGACGAGAUGGAUUGUUGAUUUAUACCUCAAUGAUAUUAGCGACGAUUUGCGCCUUCUACUUAGCGAUGGCUUCGACUACCAAAAGCCGCCAGAUGACGGAACAUACUACGUCACCAUCAGAUCGUUUCAAGGCCACCACGGCGAGAAGAAUCGAUUCUUCGAGAACCUGUGGCUGGGAAGGCUCGCAACAAAUGCCAACAAGCGGGAUCUGUUUGAUCAACUGUCAACCGACAAGAUCUUGUGCUCCAGUUUUGAUGAGCUGCUCGAAAUUCCCGCUCUGUUUGGCGGGUUUUGGCUGGGCUCUAUACAUCACUUGAUACGCAUGAAAUGCCCUGAGCUACAUCGUUCCUACCUGAACCACACAUUCAAAUGGUGGCACGAUAUUUGCGGUGGUGAGAAAGCCGCCAUGCGGCUAAUCACGCGCGAAGAUGUCGAGGCGCUAGAGGGUAAAGCCCCGGGCGCGUGCGCAGCCGACGCUCGCAGCCUCUUUUCGCAGGUUAUGGGAGGCGAAGUCUUCGGGAACUUUGCCCGGUCGAGGCGUGAGGAAAUCUGGUCUCUGGUGUGCAGUUCUUCUCAGCGGUGCCUCGUACCGUCCUUGACAACAUUUUUCAACGAUCGCAAGCUUCUGCACGAUGCGAUUGAUAGCAUUAGGAAGAUUCUAGAUUUUGGAGACAAACCGACUCUGAACAGUUCUCUCCAGGAAGCGUUCAAAGAUGCGGACCAGAGACAAGAUCGGUGUAUCAUUCAACUCUCGGAGACAACGUUUGGCAGCGUAGCAGGAGAUGCCGAGCUACGGAAGAACCUUGCAAUUCGGCAGAUAUGGUUAGCUGCUAUCCGCAAUUACACAGAGCUACCUGCCGAACCACAGAAGAGCUCCACGAUGGCGCUGUCGCGAAGUCAGUCUAACAUCACGACACUGUAUGAACUGGCAUCCCUUGCUUCACGGCUUGGAUUCAAAUCCGAUAAAAUCAAGGCUGUCUUGCAGGUGCUACCUGAUAGAGCAAUCGCUAGGAAUGCGCUCCUUCAAGCUCGGAAACCUGCAACGUUUAUCUUUGAUGAUCUGGAAAGCUGCAUAGAGCAAGUCGUGGAUGUUUUCGCGGUUGCCACGCCGGUUGCUGCAGCGGAAUCUGCGGAAAAUAUGGUACACAAGGUGAAAAAACGUACUGUGUCACUGAAGCGCUUUGGAAGACCCAAUCAAGCAGAUCAUGAGUACGAUCGAGAGCGUCUAUUUUUGCCGCAGUUUCACGAAGGUCUCAACAGCAACAUGGGAGAGAUGAGCUCAACUUUUGUCCGAUGGUCCAUGUACUGUGCAUACUUUGGAACACCGCCAGCCCUGGGUGCGGUAGACAUCGAGACUCGUGCUAAUUUGUCAGUCCCCGCCAGUCAAGCCAACGAGAAGGCGCAAACUAAAAUGACUUUUGAGGGUGAGCAUCAGUUAAAACUGGAAGAAUUAGCACGAGAUGAAGAAAGCCGUCGAGAACUGCUAGACGAACUCGGCUUGGAAAUUCGCCGUCGGGAAGCGGAACUUGCAGAGCUGCAAAAGCAGACAAAGAUAGCACAGACAAGAUUAGAUAGUCUUCAUGAAGCGGACGACUUGAGUCAUAAUAGUAUGCCUGACAUUCGAGAUAGCGUCAUGGAUCUUAUACCGGAUCACCCUGUCUCAAGAAGCCCCAGUCCGUCAAAACGACAGUCCUCGGAAGUGCCUGCUUCGCAGAAUCGAAAUACACAUCUCGAACUCCAGAACCUCGAAAGCGAUAAUCCGCCUACGGAGCAUCGCAGAAGACAAAAUGGUACAGAGUCUGACAAGCCUUUCCAAAUAAAGUUUUUGGAGCUGAAGAAGACUAUGACUAUGAAGCCAUCGCAGAAAGGACAUGGGGUAAUGCAGCAGGCCACAUUGUAUAUGAAAACUGGGUAUAGUUUGGCUGAUCGGAACGGGGCACGCUUGAAUCCAAGGGACUGUUAUGACAAGGUCGUUGAUGAUCGGACUUAUACAAUCAUUCUACAAAAGAAUAGAUAG